AUGGAAGGGGUGUUGAAAGCGCCACCAGACUCUACCAACAGUGAUUUGGCUGGUCCACAAGAAAUGAACGACACGGAUUCAGCAUCUGCUAUGCAAUCGAACAAUUCCGUGUCAACUUCUCCAACAUCAAAGUGCUUACCAUUUCGUGACCCCUAUCUUCCUGAAGACGAUGGAACUAUUCUCACACCAGAGCAUGCAUUUGUGCAGUACCAGACAAGAUCGGAGGACCAAGCUUGUCAAAUAUGUGGUCAGCCUGCAGUCGGUUUUCAUCAUCGCGCUUAUGUAUGUGAGGCGUGCAAGAAAUUCUUCAUGCGGCAUACAGCUGCUCGCUAUCGUCACGCGGAAGCCGGGGGUGGCAAUCUUUCUGAUUCUGCCUGUCCGAUGGGCGGCCAAUGUCGUGUGGAAGGUCCCGGGCGUGGGAAAUGCCCGCACUGCCGGUACCGGAAGUGUCUGGAUCUGGGGAUGACCCUUACACCUCCUGGAGGCGAAUCAGGUUGUGAUAUUUCCCAAAUCCCCUGUCGUGUUUGUGGUGGCCCAUCUUCCGGAUUCCACUUUGGUGCACUCACCUGUGAAGGCUGCAAGGGUUUUUUCCGUCGCACCGUCUUGUCAAACGUCCGCCUCGAGUGUCUCAGCAACAAUGAUUGUCCAAUCACUCCAGCUAAUCGCAAUAUGUGCAAAAGUUGUCGUUUCCAACGUUGUCUUGCUGUUGGAAUGUCAAAAUCUGGGAGCCGCAUUGGUCGCCAACCGAACGCCAUCAAAUACUACUGCGCUCGAGAGAUUUCCCAAUUGACCAGUUCUUCCGGCGAAUCUGAUGCGAAUCAGCCUAGCUCAUCCGUACCGUCUAUGUCCAACGGCCGAUCAUUGCAAACCAGUCGACAGCGUGCCGAUUCUGCUUCCUCAGACGGCGAGAAACUCGGUAGAUCUUCUUCGCAUCCACGCCCUCCCUCUUGGAUCACGGAUCGAUCCAUACAGCCGGCACAUUCUUCAACCGAUCAGGCCUCAUCCGCCCUGUUAUCCAUCCACCUGCCUCAAAGCCAAAACGGACAACUCCCUAGUCUAAAUUCACCAAUCAAGUCCUUCACGCCCACUAAACGAGCUGACGGUAACUUUGCCUCCGGUGGAGGUCCACGUCGGUUUUCUGCCGAUUCCAUCCAGCCACCGGACAGCAGUCCAAAGUCCGUGCCUGGUCAAAAGCGACGCAAAGUCUCCGCCGACCGAUAUCCGACUGGCAACAAUGCCGCUGGGGUCGUGUAUGUUGACGGCUCGUCCAUGACCUUUUCACCUCAGUGUGAUCCGGAUAGUGAACGGGUUCGAUACGCAUCCUCUUCAUCGCCGAGUAUGGCUUUCCGUGACUCUCAUGCUUGUCAACUGCACGAACUAAGUAGUUCACGGGUGUCCAGAGAAUGGGUAUCGUCCAACGAAAGUCUCCACGAGAGAGCUCGAAGACCGUACGACUUGCCAAUAGAUCAAUUGUCCCACGGCUCUACCACUCCACUUGAAUAUUCCCUUCCGAACCCGGACACAAGCACUCAUAUAUCUUCCACCACAUCCAUACAUGAACACGACGAUCUGCUAGUUCCCAGCCCUGGAAAACUCUUGGUUCCACUGGCUGUGCAUCUUCCGCUUGAUGAGUCUGGCACAGAAGAGCUUCAGAUGCAGUACAAAGUCAUUUCUGCAAAUGAUGUGCUACAGCAGCAACAGCCUCAGCGAAGUGAUUCUGCGUCGUCCACCUUCACCAACAACACAUAUGGUACUUUAUUACGAGAUCCUGGAGCAUCAACUGCGGCGCUACACUUCCAGUCACAGCAAUCCUCGUAUCGCGCUCAGGUCGUUGUCCCUGACAGCUCACCUCGGCGCGUUUCACCGCUACCAUCCUCAAACCUGUCCACAUCAACUCCUCCUUCGUCCAAUCUGCCAAUCAGGUUAAACGCGGACGAAGUGCAGCAGUUGACUCAGCGAGCUGGCGCCGUUUCUCGAUCCAGUCGGAGUGUGGUGGAUAAUCUAACCUCGACGGUCCUCCAGUAUCGGCAACACCAACAUCAACAACGGCUACUUGCCGACUCAGGCAUCAAAAUGGACUCAGGCAUGACAACAAUCCACAUCCCCUGUUCGUCACCAUCCGAACUACAUCAAUCCCGAACACAGUCGUAUGGUCGACUUAGUUCCGGAUCGUUGCCCCAACCAUCCAAACAUUCUCCGGUGCCGUCACAUCCCGAUGUGCCCUAUCCCUCUUGCUCAUCUUCUUCACCGCCCACUCGAAUCCCCAUCCCUUCAAACCACCCGUCCUAUCCAUUGUCUACCUCGUCCGGGAAGCCCACUUCACCGGAAUUGUCUUGGCAUCCAACUAAGCAUCAGCAACAACGCACCGGAAGAGGCGUACACAACAAUGGGUCAGCCAACGCGGCUGCCGCCGCUACCGAGCUCCAAUUUCGCGCUGGCUGUCUGCCGAGCAAGUUUGAACUCUCUCCUGUCAGCACUUACUUGAAUGGGAACUCCAACGAGCCCAGCCUGUGCCCAGUGGACGUGACUGCAACCUCUUCCGCCUCAUGGUUUGCCGCGGCUGCCGCGGCAGCCGCAGUGGCCAAUGCGUUGAUGGCCGCUUCCCAGGCUCCUAGCUCCAGCGAAAUAUCCGCGAGUGAUAGUUAUACUGCGAUUUCGUCUAAGUUGAGCCACUCGCGGUUAAAAACCGAAAGCCCACUAUCCAGCUCUGGAUCUCCCGCGGUCUUGGUAGCCGCAGCUGCAGCAGCCGCAACCGCCGCCGAAUUCGUCCUGUCCAACCGUCGUGUCCGAGGUGCUCUACCCUCGGAAGAUUUUCAUCAUCGUUCCUCAUCCUCGGCCGGUGGUAUUGGUGGAGCUACCGGAUUCCCAGUCUAUUCCUCUCCCGGCACCUCUUCACCGUCCCCUCCGCUGGGUGCGUUCUCGCGUGCGGCUAGUAUCAUCGCCGCAACCACCGCCGAAGCUUUAUGUGCGGAACGCGCAAGUCAGCUGUGCAUGGACUAUAACUUGGCCGGGUUCGGAAGCUCCAUACGAAGUGCGGCUGCCACUUCUUCGAAUUCUAUGGAACCCACUCCAUCGGUUAACCUGCAGGUCACAAGCAAGGAGACUCAUACCACUGGAAUACGAUCCAGGAAUGGUCUUCGAGCCACUUCGGUGACUGUACAUGAAUUCUCCGAAGGUAUUCAUAAGGCCGCCAAAUACCUUUUGUCGGAGCGCAAGAAAAUCCGCAGCAAUGUUCUCCCCCAAUGCCGUCCGAUGCACACGCUGGAACGGGACGAAGAAGUAUGGGAUCGUAUGAUGCAGAACUUCGAAUUCCACGCCCGGUUUGUGGUCCACUUUGUCAAACUUAUUCCAGGAUUCGAUCAACUCGAGCUGGGAGACAAGCGGCAACUGGUUCGUGGUGCUAUGUAUCCACUUAUGUUAUUGGAACUCAGUCGAGACUUUGUAAACGGGGAGGUGGUACACUUCAAUUACUUUGAUUUCACCGAAUCUGAACGGGAAGUCAUUCACAAACACUUCCCCACGUUCCGCGCCAUGGUUGUUCACCUGGUCCGGUCGGGAAAGCUUCUGGACGAUAUUCGGUUGGACAGUGUCGAAUUGGCGCUGGUCUGUGCUCAGGAGGUGUUCAAACAUUAUCAUGGUUUGAUUGAUCCGCCAGCCACGGAACAUCUUUACAACUUGGCGUCUCGUGCCCUCACCGACUACAUUAUCACAACUGGGCAACCGGUGGAAGGUACAACCCUUCUACGACACCUGUCCUCAUUGCUGGAGGAGCUCAAUAUCGAGCAUCAUCAAGUCAUUGCUCAACUGCGUCACGACAAACCAGAACUUGACUUUCCAGAACUCUACACGGAGAUGUUUCAGUUGACUGAAGCCGAGGAAGCAGAAGCCGCCAUGGCAGGUGGCCCGCCAAUGUCAACGGAACCGACACACUGA